ACCACGUGCGUUAGCAUAAGAUCCAGUCAGAGUGAACCAGCAGAGCAUGUAUGUUUGGAUAAACCUGUUGAAGCGGACUUUUUGUGAACUUUCGGGAUGUUUCACCGCAGACUCAUCUCCUGUUAGCCAAGAAUGCUAAAGGAAGUUAGCGCAGCUUGCUAGCAGGAAGUAGACGGAGACGGAGCUCGGCCUCACAGUGCUAGUCGGAGUAGCUUCGAUAGAGACCAAACUAUUUUUCACGGAAUCUGCUGCUGUGAAGCUGUAAAAAUGUCUAAAGUCCAAACGCUGAGAGCUUUUGUCAGCCAGAGACUAAGUGCGGCUGCUGAAGAGAUAUUUGAGCUGUUUGAAAGAACGAUAGCAGAGUACGAGGAGGAACUUUGUGGACAACGCAAACUACUGGACGCUGUUUUCCAGCCUGAAGUCCGGCUGCACAGAGCAGAUGUCCAGCUGCUGUUGGUGAGUGAAGAAAAGGAUCCCCCUGAGCAGCAGGACUGGAGCCCCAGUCUGGACCAGGAGGACCCACCAGAGCCACCACAUAUUAAAGAGGAACCGGAGGAACUCUGGAUCAGUCAGGAGGGAGAGCAGCUUCGAGGGCUGGAGGAGGCUGAUAUCACCAAGUUCACAUUCACUCCUGUCCCUGUGAAGAGUGAAGAAGAUGAUGAAGAGAAACCUCAGUCCUCGCAGCUUCAUCAAAGACUCAGUGAACAGAUGAAAACAGAAGCUGAUGGAGAGGACUGUGGAGGACUAGAACCAGCCAGGAACUCAGAUCCAGAUAAAAAUUUACAACCAGCUACUGAUGACAAGACGUCAGACUCCUCUGAACCUGAGACUGAUGACAGCUGUGAUUGGGAGGAGACCAGGGAACCUCAGUCAGGUUUAAACCCUCUGCAAAACAAUGAAGUACCUGUAAGUGAUCAGGAAUGUAAUACUGGAAAAACAUCAGGUAGCUCCUCUGAAUGUGCUACAAGCUUUGGCCACAAGGAACAUCUGCAGGAACACAAUGGAAUCCAAAAAGGAGAGAAACCAUUUAGCUGUUCAGUUUGUAAAAAAACUUUUCCAUGGAGAGGACAUGUUGAGCGGCACAUGAGAAUCCACACAGGGGAGAAACCCUUCAGUUGUUCUGUCUGUGGUAAAAAAUUUGCACAAAGCUCAAAUUUGACCUCGCACUUAAGAGUUCACACAGGAGAAAAACCUUUCAGCUGCUCAGUUUGUAAAACAAGUUUCAGUCACAGAGGCCAUUUGUCAAGACACAUUAGAAUACAUACUGGGGAGAAACCAUUUAGUUGUUCACUUUGUGGUAAAGGAUUUGCACAAAUGAUACAUCUGAGACGACAUUCAAUUCUCCAUACAGGGAAGAAACCAUUUAGUUGUUCAGUUUGUAAAACAAAUUUCAGUAACAGAAGCAAUUUGUCAUCACAUAUGAGAAUCCACACAGGGGAGAAACCCUUCAGUUGUUCUGUCUGUGGUAAAGGAUUUGCACACAAGACAAAUCUGAGACGACACGCAACUGUCCACACAGGGGAGAAACCAUUUAGCUGUUCAGUUUGCAAAACGAGUUUCAGUGACAAAAGCAAUUUGUCCACACACAUGAGAAUCCACAUAGGGGAGAAACAAUUUAGUUGCAGCAUUUGUGAUAAAAGAUUCUCUCUUCACUCUCACAUGAAAACCCACAAGUGUUCUGGUGAGAGCAGCAGAAGUAAAUGAAGCUGCAGAGAUGCUUGUUGAGCCGAUUCCUUCCAGCAGGAUUGAAGUACUGAUGGCAAGACUUGGCUCAACACUGAUCACUUCAAAAUUGUGAUACAGACUCCAAAAUAAGUCGUGCUUAAUUUUCUCAGCUGAGAUGAAGCCACAUGGUCAUUUUAAUUCUGUUUUUAUUUGUGUCUGCAUUAUUUGGUCAUUUUCCAGGAACUGUGCUUUUUGGUAUUACAUGUAUUCAUUGAUUUAAUAUUGUCUAAGAGUAUUUUAUGUCGCCUAUGCAGCACUAUGGUCAGCAUGUGUUGUUUUAAAAUGUGAUUUAUGAAUUGAAUGACUUGACUUCCCAAUAACACAACAUAUUCCUAAUUUAAUGGACUCUCCUGGUCUUGAAUUGAUCUCAUUAUGUGUAAAACAUGAACAGUUGAUUCUUACACUGCUCAUACUGUAUUUGUGUUAUUUCGGUGAACUCACAAAUCUUUAGACAAACUUUGCUUUGACACAGUUGGACGGCUGAUGUGUUGAUUUACGCAGUUGCCUUUAAAGCAGAGGUUCAGAUUUUUCCCAGCCUUUUUCCAUUCAGUACUCAGAUGCCAAAUGUAUGUUGAAAGGGUUGUUGGUUGUUGUAAUAAUUUUUCAACUGGGUAUCUUAGUCCCAGGACUUGUGUGUAUGUUUAUUGCAGUUUAUCCAAGUGACUACGAAGGCAUAUUCCUCCGCCCCGGCUCAGCAAGGAAACACAGUCUGUGGAAACACAAAGAGGGAGUUUUGUACUGUUGAGAGGUCCGGCUAAUGAAAUAUGGCCUCGUCUCACCCCAUUGACGCCCCACAGAACUCUGAUACACAUUAAGGACAAUAAUCAAACAAUGAGUAACGGACACAAAAGAAUGAGAAUUAAAUUAAAAAAGUAUGUUUCCAAGAAGACAGUUUGCACCUUUUUCUGAUAGUGGCACCUGCAUCAGCAGUUGACAAAAACACAGCAUCCUGUACAAAUGGUUGCUGCACCUGUGUAACAUAUGCUAAUGGUUCGAUUCUAUAUCCCUCUCUGUGCAAAACAUCCUGUGGUAUCCGAGUUGUGUCUAGGCAUGGGACGAUAUGAAAAAUUCAUGUCACAAUUAUUAUUCCCAUAAUCAACAAAAUAUGCUGUUAAAAUGGCACAAAAACAUACUGCAAUCACUUUACCUUAUAUUUUAAUAAACAAAUGUCUUUAUUGCAUCACAGAUAGGACACACAUCGUGAUUGAUUUUUUUUUUUUUUCUUCCUGGGCUCCACCUGUAUAAAACGGCACAGUAGGGCAUAGGGUGCUUUUUUCCUUAUUCUUGUUUUGAGUUGUCUUGUUGGGGGGGUUGAAUGCCAGGCCCUUUUGUUCCUUCUUUUAUUCUGUUCUAUGUUAGAGGUAGAGAUUCUGUGAGUUUUGUGUGAAAACCAGUGUUAGUUUAGAGAGCAUGAUUUGAAGCCUUUUUUUCUUUUGCAUAGAAGAUUUUAAUAACCAUAUAAGAAUUGUUAAAGUGUGCUGCCUCGUGUGUUGUGAAGUUUUACUUCCUGUCUUUCUUUGUUUUUACCUCCAGUUUUGAUUGUUUGCUCCACCCUAAUUAGUGUCACCUGUGUCGAGUUAUCCUGCCCUCACCUGUGUAUAUAGUCUGUGUACUUACCUUGUUCUGUGUCAGUUUGUCUUCAUCCUUUGUGUCAAGCACUCUAGUGCUUUCCCCAUUGUUUUUUUUUUUUUGUGAUUUUGGACUUUCUACUCCAGUAUUUGGAUUUUCUAGCUGGUUUAUUUGGACUGGAUUUUUGCCUGUACCUUGUUGGACUUGUUUGCCUGUUUUGGACUGCUUUCUCUGGUUUGACCACUGCCUCUCUGAAGUCCAUGUAAGCCUUUUGUGUUCAUUAAAUCUUUGAACUAUA